AUGAUUAGGGGGAGUAAUAAGGAACAACAAUGGGGAUUGGGUGAUGGGAUUCAAGGAGAAAUACACUACACCAACACUCUCCACUAUGAACUGACAGCUCUUAUGCAGGGACUAAGAAUGGCAGUCUCAAACAACUUCAUGCCUUUGGAAGUUAACAUCGAUUCAACUGAGGUCACUUCUAACAGCAUUGGGGAAUCCUCAUGUAAAUCACAACUACAAAGAAGUAGGGUGGCGGACAAGCUGGCCAAGGAAGCAGUGGCUGAGCUGAAUAAGAAGAUGAAAACUGGCUACAGUAACAAUUUCUUCGUUGAAUUGCUUCGGAAGACACCUGACAAUCUUUUUGCUGAUUAUAAGGCUAAGUAUAAAACUGCUUAA